CAGGCAGGCAGGCAUUGGCACACUUUUUUAUAUCAAGCAGAAGAAUUUUAAUGCACAAACAUGUUAUUUUGCGAUUAGAGCAAUUUCCAUAUUUUGCUGACUGCUUUUCUUUGUUUUUUCAUUACAGUUAUGUUAAAUUCAAAACCAAGCAAAAGCGCAUGCGCACAAAUGAAAAAGUCAUCACCGAUACAGUUUAUGGCAAAGUGAAGGGCGUUAAAUGGCAUUCAAUAUAUGGUGGCUCUUACUACAGCUUCGAGGGUAUACCAUUUGCUAAGCCGCCAAUUGGCCAUUUACGAUUUAGAGCGCCAGAAGAGCCCGAGCCUUGGACAGAUGUACGCCGUUGCACGCGCGAACACCCGAAGCCAUGUCAACACAAUAUCAUACUGAAGCAAGUGCAGGGGCGAGAGGAUUGUCUUUACUUGAAUGUCUUCACUAAAGAAUUGCAUCCCCAAAAACCCUUACCGGUGUUGGUUUGGAUCUACGGUGGUGGUUUUCAAAUGGGUGAAGCCUCUCGCGACAUGUACAGUCCGGAUUACUUUAUGAUGGAAAAUGUUGUUUUAAUUACAAUCACUUAUCGACUGGGUCCUUUGGGCUUCCUCGUCCUCGAUGACCCCGAGUUGGAUGUGCCCGGUAAUGCCGGUCUCAAGGAUCAAGUGAUGGCACUACGUUGGGUGAAGCAAAACUGCCAUUUCUUUGGUGGUAAUCCCGACAAUAUAACAGUGUUUGGCGAAAGUGCAGGCGCUGCCUCAGCACACUACAUGAUGCUUACCGAACAAACGCGUGGCCUUUUUCACAAAUGUGUACUCAUGUCCGGCACUGCCCUAGCGCCGUGGGCAAAUGUACCACAACACAAUUGGGCUUAUCGUUUGGCUAAAGCUACUGGCUAUCGUGGCGAAAAUGUUGACAGUCAAGUAUUGCAGCACCUGCAACACUGCAAGGCUAGCACUAUGGUGAAAGUGUGUGAAGGCCUACUCACCACAGAUGAGCGUCAUCAACGACUGAUGUUCAGUUUCGGUCCGACCGUGGAGGCAUAUAAGAGCAAACAUUGUGUUUUACCACAAUCGCCUGUGGAAAUGAUGCGUACCGCUUGGGGUAAUGCGAUACCAUUGCUCAUUGGUGGCAACAGUUCAGAGGGAUUGCUAAUGUUUAGCGAGGCACGUAAAUAUCCAGAUUUAAUGACAAAAUUAAGUGAGGACGCAACAUAUUUGGUGCCGGAUGAUGCGAAUGUGAGUGCGGAUAAGCGAAGUGAAUAUGGAGAACGGCUGAUGAGAUUGCAUUUUGGUGAUAGUCAACCUAGUUGGGAAACGGUGUUGCAGUAUGCGGAUAUCUUCUCCUACAAAUACUUUUGGCAUGGCAUUCAACGUACGCUACUCUCCCGCCUACACCACGCCAAUGCGCCUACUUACCUCUAUCGUUUCGAUUUCGAUUCCAAACACUUCAAUUUUAUGCGCAUCAUCACCUGUGGUCGCAACGUACGCGGCACCUGUCACGCCGACGAUCUAUCCUAUCUAUUCUACAAUGCUGGCGCCAAGAAACUAAAGCAACGCAGUGCCGAAUUUCGCACCAUACGUCGAUUGACCACAAUGCUGGUGCAUUUUGCCGAAUGCGGUAAUCCUAAUAUACCUAUGAAUGAAGGCCAUGACCAUAGCUACCAUUAUCACCACCACCAUCGGCAACAGCCGUCGCAAAAACAACAACAACAACAAGAACCAAAACAACCACUUCCCUUAAACAACCACCAAAACGGUAACAGUAAUGCUAAACAAAAUGGUGGCAAAGAGGAGCGAGACGUUGCAGGUCAGGAAGCUGGCGCACAGCAAUAUAGCCGGCAGAGUAGUUAUGAUGAUAGUGUAAGCGAUGGUGUAGAGUUGGCGUUGGAGGUGAACGGAGCAUUGGUGGAAGGUGAAAUGCCAGCUCAACAACUAUGGCUGCCAGUUUCACGCGAUGCGGAUGUAUUCAAAUGUUUGAACAUCUCCGAUGAAUUGGAGGUGAUAGAUCUGCCCGAAGCAGAUAAGUUGCGUGUAUGGGAUGAAGUGUACACAGAUAGAGCGCUACUCUAUUGAGUGUGCGCAUGUACAGAGGUAGAUAUGAGUAUAUGAUUGAAGUUUUGGUUAGCCAGCUCAUUUGCUAGGUGAGUGAUUGGAUGAGGGGUAACACUACAGCAGUUGACGCGGUUCAGCACAAAGUGUGGUGUAAUUAGAGUUAGGGUUUUUGGUACGAGCGUUGUGUUGUGACGAAAAGUGUAACUUUUGCAAGUGAUAUUUACCGAGUAUGCACAGGAUGCAGAGCAAUUUAAAAACUUUAAUAGCACAAGUUUAGCUGCUAUGAAUAUUCCACACUUUUACUUUUUAUUGCAUGUUAGGCGAAGAAAAUAUUUACAUUGUACAUUCUUAUGGACUAUAUGCAUAAAUAAUACAGCUGAUUCAAUAUACUUUUUUAUAUCUGUAAUUUUAUCCUGAAAGCAAAGCAUAUUUUAGUAGAUAGUUGUUAAGUAUUUUGUAAGCCAUAAAAAUUUAAAUUUUUUAUUUUGUAUCGCAUGUAUGCUACACAUAUUGUUUAACGAUAUACGCAUAAAAGUUAUAACAAUAUUUUAAUAAAAGUCUAAA